AUGACUUUAAAUGGAACUACGCCUGAAGAAGCAGGUGAAAAAAUAAGCAUGGAAAACGCAACUGAUAUACCUCUACCUGUGUUUGAUGAAAUGAACCUUGUCAAACUACUUGUUAAUGGAACUUUGUUUAUUUUGUCGCUGUUUGGAAACUUAUCAACGAUCGCUCAAAUGUACAGAAUGCGGCGGCGAAAAUCUACGAUAAACACUUUAAUAAUCAACUUGGCAACGGCAGACUUAUUGGUGGCGUUUUUCUGUAUGGGAGUCGAGGCAGUUUGGGCCGCAACGGUACAAUGGUAUGCUGGAAACUUUAUGUGCAAGGCAAUCAAGUUCGCACAAGUUUUCUCCUUCAAUUUGUCCACAUAUAUAACAGUUGUGAUCAGUUUAGACCGAUGUUUUGUGAUUAUGGAUCCUAUUAGUCGCCACAGGGCGCCCAAAAGGGUCCGCAUAAUGAUAGCAGCGUCUUGGUGCUUUUGUGCUAUCCUUAGUAUACCACAGAUAUUCAUAUUCCAAACAGCGAAGGGUCCAUUUCGCGAACACUUUGUCCAAUGCAUAGAUAUGGGAUAUCACGACGUUGCUUGGGGGAAACGAGUAUACAGUAUUGUAUCGUUACUUCUUAGUUUCAUCGUGCCGCUGCUCAUCAUGGGGAUUGCGUAUGGCUUAAUAUCAGGCACAAUUACGAGGAAAUCAAAGGAUUUUAGAGAACCUGAAGAGAGUUCGAUAUCAUCCGAGUAUGGUCAGGGUCGCGGUCAUGUUCGCAAUCAUCUGUUCCGGAAGGCCAAACGGAAGGCCCUUCGAAUGUCCAUAGUCAUAGUUGCAGCCUUCAUAUUCUGUUGGACGCCAUAUUAUGUCGUGUUUAUGUACUUCACAUUCCUCGAUUUGAGUGCAAUGCCUAGGAAAACCAUGUUGCCACUGUUGUUCAUCGGCCAUUCCAACGCGCUUAUCAAUCCAAUGAUAUACGGAGCCUUCCAACUUUGUAAGGUGCAUAAACCAAGGUUUUGGAGAAGAAACGAAUGGCAGAGUUACUCAAUGCGCACGAAGCGAACCGUUCCCCACGUGCUAGACCCAAACCGCUACGUGGUUGUCAAGCACAACAACCUUGUCGUUCUAUGUCACAACGAGGUCGCUCUCAGCCCUGGUAUGAACGACGUGAAGGACAAGUCAAAACAACCGUGCGUCAUAGUGUUAUAUAAAGUCAACAACAGCCAAGACAACGUUAACAUCCUUGAGUCAACGUCGAGUGAAAUAAGUAGUUCCUAUCGUGACAAUUAGGCGAUAUUUGUCUUUGGACAAACGGU